AAUUAUUGGCUAUAUUGAAUAUUAAAUUUUAGAUAAUUUCAUUGUUUACCCUUGUAUUUAUUAUUUUUAUAAAAUGGCAUAUUGUCAAAGUUAUACACCGGAUUAUUUUGCAUUAAAUGAUAUUUUAUCUACCGAAGAACGGGUGUCUUGUAAAAUUGAAAUAGAAUUGCUUGGUUUAGGUUUUUUGGAUUCUUCAUCUACAUCUAGAGAUUUAAAGAUAGGAUCAAAAGUAGAAUUUCCAUUAUGGUUAGCAGAAUCAUUAAAGAAUCUGAAAGAUUCAAUAGUUAGUAUUGAUGUACCAAAUAUAUAUAAAGAAGUAUACAGGGAAAUUUUAGAAGCAGAUGCUGAUGCUAUUGUCUUAAGUAAAUGGAAUCCAUUUUAUUAUGAAAUAGGAAUGCAUGUAAGAAAAUUUAAUGAUAGAGAUUCUGAACAAAUAACUGAAAGCUUAUUACAGACAUUUAAGUCUCGUUUUCGAUUAGUUAUGGACUGGGCUCAAAAUCCAAUAUCUGAUCCUACAUUAGUAAAUCAACUUCCUCGUCUCGAAAGAGAUCUUUUUCUUAUUGGUCGAAAAGCUAAAGUUCGGCUUUUAGAAUGGUUAAAAGGAGAUACAAAUAACAUUAUUUCUUCUGAAAUUACAACAAACUUAAAAAAACGAAAACGUGCACAAUUUGAACUUAAUUAGUGAUUAUUUUAUAAAAAAAAAGACUGAAUUUGAUGAAAUUAAUUUUUUACAAAAUAAUGUUCUUAUUGAGUUUUAAAGUAAUUGAUUAAAAAUAUAAAUAUUGUAGAAUAAAGGAAUUUGUAUAUAAUUAUAUAAUCAAAGAGAAAAAAAUUGAGAAAAGAAACAAAAUAUUUUACAAUGUAUUACAAUUAUUGUUAUAUUAAAAAAUUUUUUUAUUAUAAUGUAAAUGUAUAUGGAAAAUAUUAUUUUAUAAUAUUCUAUAAUAUAAUUUGAAAAUAUAUAUUAUAUAUCAAUGUUCAUUAUGUAUCAAUAUAUUAUAUUAUAUGAUAAAAA